AUGGCAUCUUAUCCAACACAUACCUAUUUAAAUAAAUAUCUACAUCCUAAUCGUUAUAAUUAUUAUUCAUCGUAUGAAAAAACAAUGAAAGGACUAUUAAUUCCUGUUGAUGGUACAGCUGAUGUACAAGAAGUUCAAUUUGCAAACAGAAAAAGAGACAGAUAUACACCUACUUUUGUUAAAACUAUCAUGGGAAAAAUAUUUGACAAAAAUAUUCGUUUUUGUUAA